AUGGCAGCCAAACCACCGCAUCAACUUUGAACACGUCGUGUUGUAAUUGGCCUUUUUCGGUCAUCUCUAUUCUUACUACUUAGCCAUGCCGCAAUCACAAAGGAACGGGCCGGACACUGAUACAAUCGAUCUCACGCUUUCCUCACCAGAGCCAGAGCCUUGGCCUCAGUCACCCACAAGAGAACAAAUACGCGCGCCUCCACAGCAAUCUCAUCUAUCCUUUAGACCAACCGACAAUACAUUACGCGUUAAGCAGGAGUCUGAUCAUGUUCCACGAAUUAAAUCGGACCCGGGUCAGCCAUCACGCAUCCAGACCACAUCUGCCCAACCAUCACGUGCCAUAAUGGAUUUUGGCCAAUCAGCCACUUCUAGCCGGAAUCUUGUAGCUCCACAGCAAGCCCGGCCGAUCAAUCCUAGUCACAUACAGUCGAUAAUUUCAACCGUCAGCCCGUAUGCAUUGCAAACAGUAUUGGUGGAGCUUUGUCAAAUCUCGCCUGCAUUCUCUGGCGCGCUUGUACGGGGCCUAGCACCUUACUCGACCUCCGCACGGAACAUGAUUAACCAACACCGAAUGGAAAUCGAUCGAAAUGCUGCGUAUGAAGCUAUGAAUACCACAUCCAGUUUUGGUCGUUACAGCUCUCAAGUGAACCAGAGAAGUUAUACCAGGCAACAUCCGUACAGCGCCCAUUCAAUGCCGCGAAUAAAACGCGAGCCAUACAGGCCUUCAACCCCUAGCUCUGAUAGUGAGUUACGUCGUCCAGGUCCUUCUUCUCAAAAAGCAGCGCGUCCAACUGCAACACGGACGCCGUUGCAUCACCUGGUUGGAGGCUCACCCUCUCCCAAUAUCACCUCAAAUGUAGCUAUUGCAACUCAGCGAGCAGAUGAAGUCCAGGGAGUGACUCCAAAUGUAACUAAGACUUGCACCAAAUGCCAUGAGUUGUUCUCAGGCGAUGCUGAGCCCUGCAUAUACCAUCCAGGGAGGAAAGUCAAGCAAGACGACGGAACAAUAGUUUGGAGUUGUUGUCAGGAGGAUAUGUUGUCUGUCGGUUGCGACUUUGGAGGAACUCAUACUACCCAAAAUCACGAGUCUGAAGACACACCCACCGAGCGGGAAGGCUUAAGCGGGCCUUUGGCCUCCAAUCAAUAUCCCGAGAGGCUACGUAAGCUGCUGGGAGAGACUUCUGCUGCAAGCAGACAUGAUUUUGGCUGAGAGCUUAAACCCACACGACUGACGCCAGGAGAGCAAUCUAUAGCAGUUUGCGUGGACUAACCAGCUCAGUUCAGCCCAAAGGGAGAUAAGCAUCAGCAUCCUCAACAUCUCUUCCCACGAGCUCUGGUGUUGGCUUUGGAUAGCAUCACUGGAUGAAUUUGCGGAGUCAGACAGCGGCCUUUAUCCACGAUAGCUAAAGGUUUUUUUCAACACGCGCAUCUAACGCGUCACUUCAACCCUCCAAUCACAUCACUGCCAUUCAG